CUCCAGAUUUCCCCAAUUUUUUAAAAAAAAUGAAAAGAACCGAAAAUUAAAGCCGCAGCGGAAACAAACCAAGAGGUCUCCGGCCCGUCGACUGUAAUCAUCACUUGUCCACUCUCGACCGGGCGGCAAACGCAGAUGUCAGUCACUCUGCACACGAAUCUCGGAGACAUAAAGUGCGAAAUCUUUUGCGACGAGGUCCCCAAAGCGGCGGAGAACUUUUUGGCGUUGUGUGCUAGCGGUUAUUAUGAUGGGACGAUAUUUCACCGAAAUAUUAAAGGUUUUAUGAUUCAAGGUGGAGAUCCAACAGGGACUGGAAAGGGGGGGACUAGCAUUUGGGGCAAGAAGUUUAAUGAUGAGAUACGUGAGUCUCUUAAGCAUAAUGCGAGGGGUAUACUAGCGAUGGCCAAUAGUGGACCUAAUACAAAUGGAAGCCAGUUCUUCAUAGCUUAUGCUAAGCAACCACAUCUCAAUGGCUUGUACACCGUCUUUGGGUACCUCAGCCUAAUAUCUGUAGUUGGUGGGUUGGUGAAGCAACCAUUGGCACAAGCUUGUUUUAUCAAUCCAGAUGAAUGGUAUUCUCCUGUCGAAGUUAUCAUUGAGGUGGUUCUGACUAUGUCUACUGCAGAAGCUCAAAAGCUUGUGGUGACAUCUCAGGUUGAGCCUUUCAUGUAUCUGUUAAUAGAAGUGAUAUGGCUUUAUUCGGAAUUUGGUGGUAGAGUCUACACGGUUGGCGAUGAGUUUAUCUGA